CUGCCACAAUCCCAACUCCUCACCUUCACCCUCGCAUUCCCCACCCCCCAAGAUGCCCUCCUCGCCCUCAAAAACACAAAGACACCACCAAACUACUCCCUCGGCACCCACCUCCAAGCCCCAAACACCCUUCAACUAACCUCCGAACACCCUGACAUCCACUCCGCCACCUCCUCGCUCACAAACACCCCCUACCUACCCAACAUGCUCUCCACUCUCAGCCAACCCCCAAAAACAACCCACAUCGCCUUCUCCCACGGCGUCCCGAUAUUCAGCUCCCAAGGCGCAAUGGCCUCGCCCCUGCUCGAAUUCGUCAAAGUUUCCUUUCCAGCUGCGCGCGCCACGCCCGACUUCCGCACGGGCAUCGAGCGCGAAUUCCGGGUUUUCGACGAGAAAUGCUUAGCGGUUGCGAGGGGGAACGGGGGUGUGGCGUUUGGGUGGGGGGUUGAAGAGGAAGAGCACGAGGGUGGUGAGGGGGGCAAGGUGGUGGGGUUUUUUGUGGUGAGGGGGUGGGAGGGGAUGGGGUGUUUUGAGGAACUGGUUACUAUGAAUGAGUUUAAGGGGGCAAUCGAGGGGUUGAAGGGGUGGGGGGCGCCGACGGAGAUGUGGUUUGUGCAGAGGGAGGGGUAG